AUGACCCUUCGACUGCCUGAAAGUCCUCACAGAAAACUUGCCUGCUUUGUCCACAGCCUUGGUUUGUCUUUUGGAUUUUUCGCUGAAGCGAAGUACCCUGUGCUGUGUAGCCUUGUUAUGGUUGAUUUGAAUAGGCUUUACACCAUGGGCACGAGGAGUAAGGAGAUAUUCAUUAUCCAGCUCCUUAGCUUUGCGGUGUCGAAAUUACCACAAAUCGGCCACUGCCCGGACGCAUUAGAGAGUCAUCAGUCCUUCUUCCAAUGCACUGUCGUUUCAUACAGCAAAUCGAUUCUGAUAGCAGCAAGGUGCCAACUCGUCCGAAGGCUAGUUAUGAUAUCCCCUGAUGCGGUCUUUGACCUUGUACCCCUUGAAAUUGAGAACACCAGCGUACAACGUCCUGUAAGCAGUAUGGACGGAAGACCGCUUCAGUGCUGA